UUUUUUUAAAAAAUGCACGAAACUCUAUUUUUCUGAAGUGGUAUUUUUCAUUUGGGGAAUAUGCUUGAAAUUCCGUAGUCCUCCUCCUCCUCCUCCUCCCCCCCCUUUUUUUUUCCCAAGAAAAAAUCAAUCUUAACUUCGGAAUUUUUGAGGCAACAAAAUGGCUAUUUCUGGUUCCUUGCAAUUUUCCCAUGAUUUGGGGUUUUGCAAGAACCAGCCCUCAAACAACAAUCAUAAUCAAUUUUUUAAGAGUAUAUUAUUAGGGAAGGGCAAGGUUCCUUUAUUAAGCAACACCUCCCUCAAGUUUCGGCUCCACGAUUGUCGUCAACUGUUGCAAAGGCCAAUCUAUUCUGUAUCAUUAAAUAGAAGUAAUAAUAAGAAAACUUUUAGAUGCCGUUCUUUUUUGGUGCCACGCCAAGCCCUUGAACUUCCUGCUGUGAAGGCUGCUUCCGUGACGUUGACGAGGUCCUUUAAUGCUUUACAAACUAGUCCUCUCGUUUUUAAGUUAGCUCCAGCAGUUGGUAUUAUUGUAUUUGCUGUAUGGGGUCUGGGGCCGCUAAUGCGUCAGAGCAGAAACUUGCUAUUUCACAAAAGCGACAAUAGUUGGAAAAAGAGUGGAACUUAUUAUGUGAUGGCCUCAUAUAUUCAGCCUUUGAUGCUGUGGACUGGUGCGAUACUUGUUUGCAGGGCCCUGGAUCCUGUUGUUUUGCCCACAGAAGCUAGUGAGGUUGUCAAGCAAAGGCUUUUGAAUUUUGUAAGAUCAUUGUCGACAGUGCUCGCAUUUGCUUAUUGUUUAUCAAGCAUGAUUCAACAAGCUCAAAAGUUCUUCAUGGUGUCCCCACAGCCUAGUGAUGCAAGAACUAUGGGUUUCCAAUUUGCUGGGAGAGCUGUAUACUCUGCAGUGUGGGUAGCUGCUGUUUCACUAUUCAUGGAGUUGCUGGGUUUCUCUACCCAGAAGUGGCUCACUGCUGGAGGUCUUGGGACAGUAUUGCUGACUCUUGCUGGUCGUGAGAUAUUCACAAAUUUCCUCUCCAGUGCAAUGAUUCAUGCAACUCGGCCUUUUGUUGUGAAUGAGUGGAUUCAAACAAAAAUUGAAGGCUAUGAAGUUUCUGGCACUGUUGAGCAUGUGGGUUGGUGGUCACCAACAAUUGUCAGAGGUGAAGAUCGUGAAGCAGUUCAUAUUCCAAAUCACAAGUUCACAGUGAACGUUGUUAGAAAUCUCAGUCAAAAGACUCAUUGGCGUAUUAAAACCCACCUGGCCAUUAGUCAUUUGGAUGCUCAUAAGAUUAAUAAUAUUGUUGCUGAUAUGCGCAAAGUCCUGGCCAAGAAUCCUCAAGUUGAGCAGCAGAGGUUGCAUAGAAGAAUAUUUUUGGACAAUAUCAAUCCUGAAAAUCAGGCUCUCCUGAUCUUAGUGUCCUGUUUUGUGAAGACCUCACAUCAUGAAGAAUACCUUUGUGUGAAGGAAGCUAUACUUAUGGAUUUACUAAGGGUUAUCAGCCAUCAUAGGGCCCGACUCGCUACGCCAAUCCGUACAAUACAGAAAAUAUACAGUGACACCAGUGACACCGAUAUAGAAAAUGUUCCUUUCACAGAUUCCAUCUAUAACCAUGGAGGAGUGGCAUCAAAACGUCCUUUACUACUGAUUGAACCUUCUUAUAGAAUCAAUGGAGAAGAUAAAGCAAAAUCACAAGCUCGUUCGGGCCGUGUAACUGGAGAGAAAGACAGUAAGACCAUAUCAAGGCUUACAAGUGACACCAAAGCAGGAACAAACACGAAGUCUGACUCGAGGGCAAAAGAAACACCAAAAUCUGACUCAAAGGGAGAUGCAAAUAGCGGUGAAACACCAAAUUCAGAUGCCAAGGUGCACACAAAGUCUACAACAGUAUCCGUAUCUCAUUCCAGGGUCGAUGACAAAAUGACAGUGAAAUCCCCACCAACUUCUGUCCUUAAGACAAAUUCAAAUGCUACAGAAGCAUCAGGUUUGGGAUCCAAAGCAGCAGGAUCAGUCUCUGACAAUUUGAAUAAAAAUAAGACAACAUCAGAUGCGAAAUCUAAGACUACUAGUCCUGCAAAUGUAAGCCAGAAUAGCAAGGUAACUGCAGUUAACUCACAGGAAGCUAGUACUGAAAAAGCAGGUGGAUUGAAGGAAUCUUCCCAGUCAAAACAGGAGAAAAGGUCAGUUUCUCAGCCAUCAUCAUCUAGAUCUGCAUUGGAGGAAAAUAUAGUUCUUGGUGUUGCUUUGGAGGGUUCAAAGAGAACACUUCCUAUCGAUGAAGACAUAGCCUCUCAUCCAACUCCACCAGAAGAAAAGGAGAUGGCUGCUGCAUCACAAAAUGGAACCGGAUCUCCAACCACUGUGAAGGAUAGGAGAGAUGGUCCACCCCCAACUCCAACAUCCGGGGAUCAGUAAGAUCAUCUUUGUUGAUCUCUGCGGAUGUCCUAACUUUUGCUCCUUCGAACUGCACACUUUGGCCAGGAAACCCCAUAUCAAGUCGUGGCAUCUAUGAAAGCUCUCGGGGCAUCGUACAUGUGCUUUAACAUUCUUCAUAAUAAGUGCGGUCCGAUUAUACUGCCUGGUUCGCUUCACAACAAAAUUAGGCGAUGUAGAUUUGUAUAUUUUCAUAGCUUUGACUAGUUGUCAAAAUUGAUCCAGUUUGACUCCAAAUCAUUUGAGGCUGUCCUGUUACAUUUGUUGCUAUAUCAAUCAAUUGGUACUCAGAGUCGGUUCUCGUUCU